AUGGAGCUGCCGACGGUGGGUGAGCAUGUCUUUGCGGUGGAAAGCAUCGAAAAGAAGCGUAUCCGGAAGGUGAGGGAGCGACGGUCCUUGCAGCUCCAGGGUGGAGGGCGGAGAGGGGAGGGUUGCUGGUCUGCAGACUGCGUGGUGGGGGGAUCUUUCAGGAGACUGACGUCUUUUAUUCCUCCCCCCUCCCCUUAUUUUAUUCGCAGGGCCGAGUGGAGUAUCUGGUCAAAUGGAGAGGAUGGUCCUCCAAGUAAGUCCUGGGGAAGGGCGACGGGGGAACCUUCGAGCGGGCUGCCGAGUCUGCUGGCUUGCCUGCCUGCUAACGCACUCCGCUUGCAUGCUCCAGCAAUCCGGAAAAUGCCUCGGUGUUUUUUUUUAACGCAUGCAUAAAAAGGGGGGGGGGAGUGCAUGCAAUUUGGGGGGGGCAGCCUAGAGAAACGAGGCAAAGCGGUGCAGAGCCAGCAGCUUCAGAGAGAGAGAGAGAGAAGGCAAAGGCGGCGACUGAUGUUCAGCAGUUGCAGAAAAUGGCUCCUUUGGAAAGCAGGCUCCAUAUUGCAGAACCGAGCAGACCCGAGAUCGAGGAAGAGAAGGGAGGGCGAGAGCAGGAGAAGGGGGAGGACCCCCACAAAUAAAUAAAUAAUACAUUGAAUAGGAUCCGAUUUAAAUUCUCGAAUCUGGCCCGAGAGGGAGAGAGACCCGGGGGAAGGCGGCCACUCACUGUCACCAGGGUGCUGCCUUACUGGCUGGGAGGGGACUGCGAUUGAACUUGACCGUCCCUCGGUCCGUGCUGCUACUUCUGCUGAAUCAGAGGAGACGUGCAGGAGCUGGGAAGCUCCGUGGGGGUCUGGAUGACAGAGCCUGCGAGGAGGGGGCGGGAAAGGCGCUGGAACUGGGUAGGAUGCCGAGACGGUGGAGGGGGCAGAUUUGGAAAGGGGGGGUGGGCUUUUGGCCAGCCGCCGCAUGCAUGGCAUUCCUCCGGAAUAAUAACCGCGCUAAAUAAACAAGAUUCUCUGCUCCGCCCGCCCAGUCUACAGCCCCUCCGCCCAUCCCCCAGUUCCCUGUAGCGGCUGGAGUCCUGAAUGCGCACUUUGAAAUCUGUCUUGGGAAGCCGGAGGGGGGCGGCGGCUAACUUGGCCAGUCUCUAAAAUGGCCCCUUAACAUGCAACUUGGUGUGUGUGUGUGUGUGUGUGUGUGUUUAAGAGCUCCCAUCGAGAACUACAAAUGUGAAUUAUUGCACUAUAUAGCUAAGUGGUGUGCAUUUAAAAUAAAUAAAAACCUCCUUUCAUUUCCUUUGCAAGGUAUAACACGUGGGAGCCGGAGGAAAACAUCCUGGAUCCGAGGCUCUUAAUCGCCUUUCAGAACAGGUGAGAGCUUAUGGAGCAAAGGGGAUGUCUGUUUUUCUGCCUGUCUGUCCGUGUCAGGAGCUGUACAACCAGAUCCAUUUUCGGUGGACGGGUGGGGAGCCUAGAAACAGCCCCUGCUUUUGCGCGGGAGGUGGGUAGUCCCGGGGCGGGCCGCGGAGUGCCGAGGACCUUUCCUUUCCUUUGCUGCUGCUGCUGCAGUAGCACAGGUCUCAGGGAGCGUGGCAGCCUUGUGCAAGCGGCGCUGCGCGUGACGGAACUCCGCUUUAACCCCUUCGCCGCUGCAGCGCAGGGACUUCCUUUCCGGACGACGCUCGAGUUGCCUUGCCUCGGUCGUUGCAAGGUGGUGCUGCUGGCACGUGACGGAAGGGAGAGGCGGCGGGUGUGCGCGCUGCUUGCCAGCUCGGCCGCUUUUGCGCUUGGCAUUUUCUGAGAGCCUGCCUGGGGAGACUCGCUGCUGCGGAAACCUCUCGCAGAGAGCCCCUCCCACGUCGUGUAUGUGGCUUGUGUGGCUGCAAAAUGCAGCUCUCGUCGAGCCCUGGCUGCCUCAGCGGGAGAUUGGGUCGAUCCCAGUGCAUACGGCGCUGCUGCUGCUGCUGCAAUAGGCUUGGCUUUUUGCGUGCGACUCGUUUCCCUUAGGAUUUUGGCGCAAACCGAAGUGUAAACUUGGGGAAUAGGAGGCGACGUCUUGCACUUGCAUCCCCCCACCCACACCACAGUCACCAUUCGAUGCGUUUGCCAAGCUGCCCUAAGCUUGAGGACUCUGGGCCUUGCAGGAUAUGGGGGGCGGCGGAGAAAGAGAGGUUGCUUCUCCAGGUGUCUGAACUGCACACCUUGGAAACGGCGCCAGUUGCGGGCUUCGCGUUGCCCCUGCUCCGCUCCGGCCAGCCCCUGGUGGGGGCGGCACCUCCUCGGGCUCCGCCCCCUCCCUUUCCCGCGUUCGAUCGAUAAUUUGGUUACUUCGCGGUUCGGGCGCCUGGAGCACGUUCUCCCCUCCCUCUUCAGUCCAUGAGCGGCCUCCGAGGCAGCGGUGGGGGGAAGGGGCGCAUUAUGUGAAUCCUAAUGAGGUGAUUAGCAUCCAGGGCAGUUCCUGCUUUCCUGCCGCGUUGUGUGUGUUUGGUUUCGUGACUCCCAUCUCCUCUGCAGGCAGCGCGUGGGAUGGGUGGGACGUUGGCUGCUGGUUACCCAAACACCUACAGCCUGGGGGAAAUGAGUGCAAGGAGGGUGGGGACUUGCCUGGACUUCCCCCUGGGAUGCACUUUGUUUAGGAUUUGCUGUCAGCACCCAGAUGUUUUUGCCAUUACACAAGAUCUCCCUUAACUGCCAGUGCACAUUUGCACCUUUCUACAAUCUCCUUGCAGACUGCUAAUUUUAUGGGUGGUUUCUUAAGAUAAGCAAAAAGGGACCCAGUAAAGAACGUCUCCUGUGGCAGGGAGAGGAGUGUGAGCAGAAAGAAAAGCUUAAAUGUUGGCAGUCAUUGUUUCCACCCAGGUUCUCCUAACCAUGUUUAUUCGGAAGUAAGCCCCUUCCCCAUGGUUUUCAGUGAGUUUUUAUGACCUAGUUGUAAGCAAAACCUUAAGUGUGUUUCGUUGGAAAUAAACUCAACUUAGAGUGUGAUUUUACUUUUCUUGGAAUAAACCCCAUCAAAACUAGAGGAAACCUACUUUUGAAUAGACAUUUAUGUCAUCUACAUAGGACUUGCUUUCUCCCAAAUGUUCUUAGAAUUGCAGCAUCUGUAUUUGUUUUGACAUUUUAAAAUUAAAACUUCUACCAAAAUGGUGGGUUAGUUGGCAAACCAAGAUAAAGCAGCCUCGGAAAAGAUAUGUUUCAGCCCCAUUUAAAGUGCUAAAAUGGCCCCCUGAGAGACUUGGCCAUAGUAAUUCAAUGACUUGUUUUGUUGCAAAAUAUCAGAUUGGCUGGUUUGAAAGCUAUUGCAUUUCUAUGCCUUUUUGCACGGUUGCGGAAAAUGCUGGUCUCCAUGAGAACUAGAUUUUUAUUUAUUUACUUGUCUGUGAAUUCGUAGAUCUUGAUAAUUUCUUGGGGAUAGAGAUGCAGGGCAUUUUCAUGCAUUGCACUAACUGCAAUCCUAUACAUGUAUAUUCAAGAGUAAAUCCGACUGAAUUUGAUGGAACUCAUUCCCUGGAAAGUGUGCAGGGUUGCAUACUAACUUGGAGGGAGUGUUUCUUAUGCCCAUAUUGGGUUACUCUGUGUAUUCUGGGUUAUUGUUUUUUAACUUGUUCUUCCACUUGUUACUCUGCCUUAGCAUUUACAUGUGCAAAGCAUGAAAGGUGUUUUUUCGGUGCUGUGUGAAAUUUUCUCCCACCCUUUGCAUGUCUCUGCAUUUCGCCCCUCUCCGCUGGAAUAACUGAUAACCUGUAGGGGCUCGAGGCAGCAGUGCUUGCUGGCUUGUGUUAAUUCCCGUGACCUUUUAGCAUUUUGUCUUGUUGCCUUUAGUGCUGUAGCCUCCUCCUGCUGCUGCUGCUGCUGCUCUGCACUAAAAAUGCUGCCUAGCUCUGUGAUUCCUUACUUAGAAGUCCCACUGUGCUCAGUGUGGCUUACUCCCAAGUAAGAGUGCUUAGGAUUGCAGCCUUAAUCUUGUGUUCACGGUUAACCCGCGCGGUAAAGGACACUUUUCCCUCCCUUGUUCUCUUUAGUGUGUUGUUGGAAGAGAGGUUUCCUAAUUGCAUCGCUAUUGAUUUUUAUAUCUCUUCAGGGAGAGGCAGGAGCAACUUAUGGGGUACCGCAAACGAGGACCAAAACCAAAGCCAUUGGUGGUUCAGGUAAAUCCAAUCAGUUCCUCUGCUUCCUACUCUCCUAACUUUCAAAGUGAGAUAAGACAGUAACAGUAGAUCUAGCCAAAUCCUGAAAUGCGAAUCUUGCUGAGCAAGCUGAUUUUUUUAAAAGGCUUUCUGAACGCCUGUUAUGUUUUUGUUUAAUUAAUAAAUAUCCGCUUCCUUGUCUGGUGCCUUUCCCAGGGGAAGAGGAUUUCAUCUUGGUUUCAUCAUGCUCUGGGAGACAGCGUGUUUGUACACACACACACACACACACAUGCCUUGUUAACUGUAAAUAACAGGGGAAGCCCUGGCCAUCCUGUGACUUCAUAGGUCCUUUUGCCAGCAUGUGUGGAAUAUAUUCUGAGAAGGCCCAGCAAAUGCGGUCUCUGUCGUGGGUGACCAUGACUGAGCCCUCUGUGUCCCGCAAAAGAGAUUUAUUGGUGGAGUCUUUGAAUCAGCAGAAGGAGAAUUCUUAGGUGUUCUCUUCCACCUUGCAUUCUGUGUUUGGUAGCCCAGUUGGCUGUGAAAUACACUUCCUGCUUCACUUGCGGAGACCUACAAUGCAAGAUGCCUGUGCCUUGGCAAGAAAUAUGUAACAGGAGCCAAGGAGUGCUGUUCACAGCAGCAUUGUCCCUGCCCCAGCCUGCCCUGAUUUCCACAUACGUUUCUUAGACAUCCUUUCCCCCUUGUGCUCCAAAGGGCCAUUGACUAAAAGAAUGUCGCCUCUAAUUUCACCUAUAUCUCAGCCAGUUAGGGGAAAGGUGGGAUGAGGUUGUUGGACUAGGCAUUUAAAACAGGGUUUUCCCCAAACUUGGGCCUCUCAACUGUUUUUUUGGACUACAACUCCCAUCAUCCCUAGCUAGCAGGACCAGUGGUCAGGGAUGAUGGGAUUUGUAGUCCAAAAAGAGCUUGUUUACAGCAUCCUUUAAAAACUUGCUGUUAAAAGUUCUGGGUCUUAUAGGAUCUGUUUCUAUAGGCUUGUAAAAUGUGCUGCCCUCUCUCUUUCAAAGCCCUUAAUGGACUGUUUUCCCCCACCCCCACUCCUCCUCCUUCUUGCAGCUGCCAUCCUUUGCACGCCGUUCCAAUGUCCUCACUGGCCUCCAAGACCCUGCCGUGGAGAACAGGCCCAAGCUGGACCUGGGCAGCUCUGGCAAAAGCCAGCAGCACCAGUACGAACUCAACAGCAAGAAGCACCACCAGUACCAGCCCAACGGCAAGGAGAGCAACAUCAAGUCUCACGGCAAAGGGAAAUACUACUACCAGCUGAACAGCAAGAAGCACCACCACUACCAGCCUGACCCCAAGAUGUACGAGCCCCAUUACCAGCCCGGCAGCAAGGAGCCUCAGCAAGGGCAGGCCUGCUUGGACCACAGCAAGAGCCCCUUGAUGUCCCACAUGGACAAAUGGUCUCAUGGCUCGGCCAAGAGCCUGCUGAACCCUGUGAAGAACCUGGGGGGUGCCGAAGGGAAGAACGGUGCAGAGAAGAACCUUUCCAGCGGCACGGGACCGCCCCCACCGCCCCCUCCCCGGGACGGCGUGACCAGCAACGGAAUAGGCGGCAAGAUGAAGAUCGUCAAGAACAAGAACAAGAACGGCCGCAUUGUGAUUGUCAUGAGCAAGUACAUGGAGAACGGCAUGCAGGCCGUGAAGAUCAAAUCUGGAGAAGCGCCCAAGAAGCGGGUGGCUGAGGACAGGACUGCUAAGAGGGGGGCCUCCGAGGAGAGGCAGGAGUCGUGGAAAAAGCCCGGGGCGGAGAGAUGGCUGGGCAGCGACCCCCAAGGGAAAUCGGGGGCAGAGGCAAGUAAAAUGCCUGCCGAGCAUGGGACCAACUGCCAAAAGACUACAGCCUCUAGCAAAGAGCCGCACAUUCCUGAACAGCAACCCCUUCAGCUCACCACCAAGCCCAACCUCUCCCCGUGGUCCCUGGACUCCAGGCCGCAGGAACAGAACUCUGCUGCUGCUGCUGCGUCAUGUGUGGGGCUGAACCUCUCGCCCAGUUGCGGUGGGUCGCGCAAGCGCUGCCUCUCCGAACCCCACAGGGACAAGGAGGGCGGCAAGAAGCGCCUCACUUCCCGGAGCAUCAGCGCCCCCACUUGCCUCAGCCCUCCUACCCCAGAGAGACCAGAGGCCCGAGCGCUUCCCGCCUCCCAGCCCGAGGUCAUCCUGCUGGACUCAGACUUGGACGAGCCCAUAGACUUGCGGUGCGUCAAGGUGCGGGGGGACAGUGAGCCCGGCCUGGUGCACAUUAAGCCAGAGACUUUGCCGGCGCCGGCCGACCCGCCAGCACCGGAGCCUCCGAAAUCGGUGGAACACUUUGAGGUAGAGGAAGAAGAGGAGGAGGAGCCCGUGCAGGAGUUCAAGCCUUUCUUUGGGAAUAUAAUAAUAACGGAUGUGACGGCGAACUGCCUGACUGUGACCUUUAAGGAAUAUGUGACAGUGUGA